CGGUUAGACGUUCGUUUUCAGUGCACAGUUCGAUUUGUUUUGGUUUAUGCAGACUGCGCUUUGUCACGGGGAGCCGAAGUCCACCGCGGCACUCUAACCUGGCCGUUACACAUCUUUGACUUACUGACGAACCCUGGAACAACCCCUCCUCCGGCGUCCGUGUUUCGCCACCCCCUUUCCGGGCCAGCGCCUACCUCGUCGCUCCGUUAUCGGACCCCAGAAGCUGGCCUGCUAGUUAGCAAACAAGCUAACGAUUGCCUGAUUUCACCCAUGUCCUCUGAAGAAGGGUUGAGCUCAACGAUCACGGAUUGGCUUUUCAUCAAUUCCUGGUGGCUCCUUCUGCCAUUCAUCAUGCUUCUUGUAGUUGCUGCCUUCAUUGUGGCUUUUGUGUUGCUGUUAUACAUGAUAUCGCCUCUUAUUAGUCCCAAACCAUUGAAACUGAACGGGGCCCACGUCGUGGUGACAGGCGGCUCAAGUGGGAUUGGGAAAUGCAUUGCUGUUGAGUGCUACAGGCAAGGAGCAUUCAUCACUUUGGUGGCACGGGAUGAGGCUAAAUUGCUUCAAGCAAAGAAAGAGGUGGAGAAAUUUGCCAUCAAUGACAAGCAGGUGGUGCUCUGCAUAUCAGUGGAUGUUUCCAGUGAUUAUAGCCAGGUGGAAAGUGUGAUAAAACAGGCUCAAGAGAAGCUGGGCCCUGUUGAUAUGUUGGUGAACUGUGCUGGAACAGCCUUUUCUGGAAAGUUUGAAGAAGUGGAAGUGGACCGUUUUAAAAAACUGAUGGAAGUGAACUACCUGGGCAGCGUUUACCCAACACGGGCCGUCAUAACCACCAUGAAGGAGCGAAGAAUGGGCCGCAUCAUGUUUGUGUCCUCACAAGCAGGCCAGAUCGGCCUGUUUGGAUACACUGCCUACUCCCCAUCCAAGUUUGCCCUGCGUGGCUUAGCAGAGUCGCUGCAGAUGGAGAUAAAGCCAUACAAUAUCUAUGUGACUGUGGCCUACCCCCCUGACACCGACACACCAGGAUUGGCUGAGGAAAAUAAGACAAAGCCUCUAGAGACCAGAUUAAUCUCUGAAACAUCUGGAGUUUGCCAACCAGACCAAGUGGCCAAAAUCAUUGUUCGGGAUGCAGUGCAGGGAAACUUCAACAGCUCUGUGGGACCUGAUGGCUACAUGCUAUCAGCCCUCACCUGUGGAAUGUCACCUGUCACCUCCAUCACAGAAGGACUCCAGCAGAUUGUUACCAUGGGAUUGUUUCGGACCAUCGCCCUCUUCUACCUGGGGAGUUUCGACAGCAUUGUGCGCCGCUGCAUGAUUCAGAGGGAGCAGUCGAAAGCAGCUGACAAGAGGGAGUAACAGCAAGCCUUACCCUCUUCACAGCCCAAUGCCCCUACUCUUCCACACACACAGCCCCGUCCCAUCCCCUCUUCCAGCCUGUACUAGUGCACAACCGUAGGUGGGAAAAAGGCCACGCUUUGAGUGUAUUUUAGAUAUCAACUUAAUAGAUUGGAUGAAAGAAAGUGCCAGAUGUUUACUCUUUGCUUGUCCAGUGAUGUAACUCUUCCAUAGACUUCACAGUUGUUUUGAUUUUUCCUCUCAAAGCAUUCCAGUGACUUUUUCCAUUUAAUGUGUACACCUGCUUCUUUUUGUGGGAGCAGCCUUACUUUAAGGGAGUGAGGGCAGACUAAACAUCCCGUAAGCUAGUUUUAAAGUAUGUAGGCUUUGUAAAAAAAAAUGACAGAUAUCAGGCCUCCCUGCCUUCACUCACACAGUGCUGUGUUUUGUUUUCUCAUAGAGAGGAAAAGCAACAGAUAGCCUGUCUGACCGGUUGUGCCAAAUAUGGCUUUAAGUUCCUUCCCACAGGGGGCUAUAUUGAAAACCAGAAUGGUAACUUUCAACGUUUGUCAUAUUGUUCCAUGUAUUUCAAAACUAGGUCCACAUCGAAUUUUACAGUUUCCACCAAAAGGGGCCCUCCCUCCCUCUCAUACCACAAGUCUUUGCAGGCAAAGCAUCUUCCUGUUUGACUGAAUAACCUCUGUGUUUGAAACCAGUUGUGACCCUCAGCGUUUUGUUUAUGCUGUGGGAUAUUUUGUUUUUGUGCUGUGUGUGAACCAAGCCAAGAUUUGAUACAGUGUUACUCUUCAGUGAUAUCAGAGAGAGAGAGAGAGAGAGAGAGAGAGAGAGAGCGAGCAUGUGUGAAGUGUUUGAUUGUUUGUUAAAUUUUACUAAUGCAAAAACAUAAUUUUCAGAAAAUAAUAAUAUUCAAAAAAUGUAGACACUUCGGGUAAAGAUUUUUGGGUGAGCUGUGUGCAUGAAUGCGUGUGUGUGUCUGCUAUGACUGAGCCUUCCCUUGGGGAGAGAAAAGCCAUUAGAUUUUUAUUGUCUCGGGAAUAAACACACCAAAUUAUUUUCUCAUCACCCCUUCUUAUCUGAUUGAGAAAGGAAAGCAGGUACUAUGGGUUGAAGCCAUGAAGUCAAAAGUCAAAAGAUAUUGGGGGGGGUGGGGGGGUAAAACCAGCACAGGUAGUUCCCCUUUUACCUGUGAAUUGGACCAAGUUGAAAACACUAUUCUUCAUUUAAUGUAUAAAAGGAAGCGUAUCAAUUUUACAUGCAGUUUUAUGUGUCAGUGCACAUAUUCAGCCACCCCAGUCAAGAUCCAAGUGGGAUCCAUAAUCUGUUGGGGUGGUGUAAGUCAGGGGCAGGGCAAGACUUGCUGGUUCAAGUCAUGUCCCUGUGGGUCUAGUGAGGGCGCUAGAGAUUUGUUUUACAUAAAAGCCUAGAGGGACUAGCAUGGAAGUGUGAUCUUUGUCCCUCUGAUUUUGACCUGCUGUCAACCUGUCAUGCACACUCGGGACUUUGUAGCUCCGUUAAUGCCAAUAUCGAUUCCCUCCUGAUUUCUGUCAAGCCUUUAAAAAAAAUCUUGAAUUCACCAUAUGUUUUUUUUUUCUAUAUGUUUUGCAUAUAGAGGGAGAAAGAAAGUACAGUGUUGACUCUUGAAAGUCUUCCUUUGGUCCAUCAUAAACAGGGAGAAUGUACUUUAAUACAAAUCAUACAAAUCAGAACAUAGAAAUAUUAUUUUUAAAUACACCAAUAUUUGAAUGCCAAAAUGUGUUAAGACAAUUUCUGUAGAUGCAAUGCAUUUAUUUGAGAUUUACUUUGAUGUUGCUGCUCAGUUGAUCUUAGAGUUAGUUUGUUAAAGCUGUGGAGCAGAGUGGGGACCCAUUCUAAGCCUUAAGACGUGACUACUGAUGAAGCUAAUGCUAUAAGAAUGGACCUGUCCACAGAACAAUGUGGCUUAACCUACAUGUUGUUUACCAGUUGAUUUAAUACUUAAUCUUUAAUACUUUUCAGUGUAAAACGCCGGCUGUUUUGUGUAUUUUGUCUAUUUCCAGUCACAAAAAGAAGCCUUACUGAUAUCCAAGAUAUGAAAGUGAGAAUGGAUGACUCAUGUUGGAUGAUGUUCUCAUUUGAUAUUGGUUAAAGGCAUACUGUCCUGCACUCAAAGAGCUUUUCAUAAUUGUACAUUUAUUGCCAUCAAAAGUUCUCUUUUACCUUGAGGUAGCAACACGUAGUUGAUAGAACAUGUAGCCCAUAUAAAAGCAGUUUUGUUUUAACCUUUAAGCUAUGCAAAUGAAGCCUAUGCUUACAGUAUGUUUCAACAUACAGUCAAGAUGUAAGUUCUGUAACAGUCACGCUAGUUUCCCCUAUUUAAUGGUGUCAGCAUCAGAUACUUGAGUUAUUAAGUAUUGAACAUGGAAGUCAUAAUGCAUUCUUGUUUCAUUCUUCUUUCUUGCUUGUUUACUUUUUUUUUCUGCCAAAAAACUUAACACCUUCACCUUGUGUGCCAUUGAAAGAAAAUGUGAGAAGUGGAACGUUUCUUUGUCUUAUUUUCUUACAUGAUAAACUAAAUAAAUACCUGUGAAGAAAAACAAAACAGAA